UGCGACUUUAAGAGUGCGUAGGAUCUGAGUCCCUGACUGUGUUUCUGCUCUUCUCUGGACGCGCAGCUUCUCUUUUUUCCUGACGGAUAGAAAUUUGGACUGACUGAAGGAAUUAACCCAGACAAGUUCCAGUGUUUCUACAAGAGAACCCGGCUCGUUUUGGUCUUUUUCUACUUCUUUUUAUCCCGGUGCUUCAACGGACCGAACAUGUACCGCGUGCGGGCGUUGACAGCAGUGACGAUCGGGAUGGUGCAGCGUUCACGGCGCGUGCACAGCGGCAGCACGCGCUCUCCUCAGUAUCGCCGGCUGCUGCUGGCAGCUCUCGCAGGAGCGACGGGCAUCUCCGCGACCACAGGACUCCUCUGGACGAAGGCUUAUGCCGAACCAGCUUCAUCCGUCAAGCUCGAGGAAGAGCUGCGUGAGGACGCCGCAUCCAAAGACGUAAACGCAGAGUCAGACGGUAUGGUGGAGUCUGACAGCAGCGACGACGAGGGCGAGGAAGGCGAGAGCUCGGAGGGCAAGAAGAAGAAACAACGAGUCGGAUUUCGUGACCGUAAGGUGAUGGAGUACGAAAACCGUAUCCGAGCCUACUCGACCCCCGACAAGAUCUUCCGCUACUUCUCCACACUGAAGAUCAUCAGCGAGCAAGGAGACACCGAGGUGUACAUGACGCCGCAGGACUUCAUUCGCUCUAUCACGCCUAACGAGAAGCAGCCAGAGAAUCUCGGUCUGGAUCAGUUUGUGGUGAAACGCUAUGAUGGAAAGGACUUCUGGCAGCAGACGGAGAAGAUUUCUCAAGAGCGGGAGAAGUUUGCGGACGAGGACAGCAUCUUUUAUUCGCUCGGCGAGUGCGGCCUCAUCUCCUUCUCCGACUACAUAUUCCUCACCACCGUUCUCUCCACUCCACAGAGAAACUUCGAGAUCGCCUUCAAGAUGUUUGAUUUAAACGGGGAUGGAGAGGUGGACCUAGAGGAGUUUGAGCAGGUACAGAGUAUAAUCCGUUCUCAGACCAGCAUGGGUAUGCGGCACAGGGAUCGCUCCACCACGGGAAACACUCUGAGGACAGCUGGCUGCAGUUCCGCUCUCACCACCUACUUCUUUGGGGCCGACCUGAAGGGCAAACUCACCAUCGGCAGUUUCCUGGAGUUCCAGAGGAAACUACAGCACGAUGUACUGAAGCUUGAGUUUGAGAGGAAUGACCCAGUGGAUGGCAGGAUCACAGAGAGGCAGUUCGGGGGCAUGCUGCUCGCUUACAGCGGUGUUCAGUCCCGCAAACUCAAACAGAUGCAAAAAGGCCUGAAGAAGAUGUUCAAAGACGCGCAGGGAAUCACGUUUGAAGAAGUGGAGAAUUUUUUCACGUUUCUGAAAAACGUGAAUGACGUGGACACCGCACUGAGUUUUUACCACAUGGCGGGUGCAUCUAUAGACAAAGCCACAAUGAAGCAAGUGGCUCGCACUGUAGCCAAGGUGGAGCUGUCGGACCACGUGUGCGACGUUGUGUUCGCCUUAUUUGAUUGCGACGGUAACGGCGAGCUGAGCAACAAGGAGUUUAUAGCCAUCAUGAAGCAGAGGCUGAUGCGGGGGCUCGAGAAGCCCAAGGACAUGGGCUUCACCCGCUUGGUGCGCGCUAUGUGGAAGUGUGCGCAGGACACAGCGUGGGACUUCGCCAUGCCUAAACAGCAGUAACAGGGUGGAAAAAAGAGAGAGAGAGAGGAAGGGGGUUAAAAGAAAAAAAAGAGAGAGACAGACAGAAAGCAGCAUCGUCUGCAGCCAACUAAAUUACAAAAUGAACCUAAGAUGGCAUGUAAUAAAUCGUGCACAUGCUGUAGUGGACAGUGCCGCUGCAUGAGGUAACUGCUGUGAGAGAGAAUAACACAUUAGCCACUUUCUCUGGCACAUCUGUAGCAUAUGUGCAAAUAUCACAGGCAAGAAUUUCAACACGUUUUUCAAUACUGCAAAAAAAAUAAUUCUAUUUAAUAAUAAUUUAUAAUACAUUUUUAGAUCAUUAUAUAUGCCAAAUAUAUUAUUGUUCGCCAGAGGUGUGGUGGUCAGUAGACACAGGGUACAAACCUGACCUUCAUGUGUCCUCCUCUCCACAAACCAAUUGAGCAUGAGGGUUUCCUCUGGUUUCCUCCUUGGUAAAACAGAUAUAAGUAAAUUGGCAACUAUAAAUGCAUUGGGAUUUCGGCCACUGGUCUCAGGAUGGCCAUUGGAUUUCCAAUGUGGGUCUGUUUCUGUAUAGAUACCAGUGUAAAUACAAGUAACAAUAGUUUUUACAUUUUUUGUGUUUUCCUCCUCAAGAAUACGAAAUAAGAACACGCUCAUCGUUCAUUGCAGCCGAGCGCAAGAGUAGUAUUAUUGAACUCGGGUUAAACCUUAAAGGUGAAUAUUUUCAACCAGUGUUGAUUCAGUAACUACUGGAUCAAGGUUGAGCUUUUUUUUUUUGUAAGCAGGUUUCGGUUCUUUCCCCAUGACAUGUGCUUCAGAUGUGUUGGAUACAUACUAGGUGGAAAAUGCUGGAGUUCUACUGAGGGGAUUGUGGUAUUCUUGACAUCCACAAAAAAAAAAAAAAGAACGAAGGCCUUUUGUACAUUUUGCCUUCUUACACAAAAAAAAAAAAAGUGCUUUUAAGGUCUGUUUUGAAACCAGACCUCUUCCACAUUCAGCAUUAUCACUGAGAUACCCUCUUGUUUUUCUCUCUCUCUCUCUCUCUCUAUAUAUAUAUAUAUCUAUCUAUCUAUCUAUAGAGAGAGAGAGAGAGAGAGAGAGAGAGAGAGAGAGGAGGCUAUGAAUGUAAGAAAAGCCACAUUGAGAAAUUAUGAUGUACUUGAAUAUGUUAUUGAAUGAGUAUAUAUGAGUGAUGUGCAGAGUUACUAUAUUAAACCAUUUUUCAUGACA